AUGCGGCCCAGCACGAACUCGGACAGCGCAGCGUACCACCCGGAGGAGCAGUCGCUCCUGGAGGACGCCUCGACACUGCUGAUGUUUUCGAAGAGCAACCACGGAGGGGGCCGCGCGACGCGCGCGGCGGGGGCGGAGCAGCAGAGGCAAGCGGCGGGCAGCACGCGCGAGGGGUCUGGCGAGCCUCCAGCGUCGGCUGACGCGCCGCUGAAGUCGCCCGGGCCGGCCUUGGUGGCGCUACUGGAGCCGGAGCCGGCGUCCGCUGCCGGAGAUAGCUCGCGGCGGCACUCGCGCACGAGCAGCACGUCGUCUAGCGCGUCGAACAAGGGCAAGGUCGCGGCAGCGGCCCUGGCGGCGGCGGCGGAAGUGCCGUUUCCAGUGAAGCGGACGCGCGACGAGGCGCAGCGACCAGACAGGCAACGCCAAUCAAGCCUCUCCAGCGUGAAGCCAGAGAGUCGCGGCAGCUGGUCGGCGCGGGAAGAAUGGCCCGUGUCCGACUCCUAUAUUGUGGAUCCCGAUGAGGGCAUUAUUACGUGUGUUUGUGGGUACAACGAUGACGACGGCUUUACGAUACAAUGCGACCAUUGUUACAGAUGGCAACAUGCGACGUGCUACGGUAUUGAAGAUGAGAGCGCGGCUCCCGACGACUUCCUGUGCAAGGUCUGCAGUCCACGCAAUAUCGACGUCAAGGCCGCCAAGCGCAAGCAACAGGAACGCAUCAAGAAUAACAGGAGACGCAGGCGCGGCGCAUCAGCAGAAGACAAGCCUGUAAAGGAGCACUCUGCAGGUGCGAUCGACACCCCUGCUAGCGAGGGGAAUGACGUUUCUAAUACCACGCCUGUAUCUCAUUCGCCAUCUGUGGCAGCUGCCGAGCUCUCAAACAAACAGCCCUUUAUGAACGCUAAGGAGGCGUACCCUGCGGUUUACCUACCCCUGGACACAUAUGACAUCAAAGACAAAUAUGUGGUCAUGUUUCUUGACAGACACAGCGAUGACGACUGGGUAACUCCGUACAACAAGAGAACCUUUAAGCCACUGCCUUUGGAAAUCAGGGCUUAUUCGGAGCCCUCACAUUCUCGAGUCUUUCACGGUUUUCCGAAGCUUGGAGUCUACUCCCAGCAGCCGUGUGCAAAGGAUACCCUUAUUGCGGAGUUCCUUGGCGAGGUCGAUUUCCAACGGAAAUACCUGGAGGACCCUCGGAAUAACUAUCGCUUACUGGGCAUUCCUAACCCGAAGGUGCUUUUUCAUCCUCAUUGGCCGAUAUACAUCGAUGCCAGGCUGUGCGGUAACCUUACACGGUAUUUGCGUAGGUCAUGCUAUCCCAAUGUGGAGCUCGUCACGAUCAAAAUGCCCGCCGAUGACCGGCAAGCCUCAGAUGUUAAAACAAAUAAGAGCGUGAAAUUUGUCCUCAAGGCCUUGCGUGAUCUCGAAAGGGGCGAAGAAUUGCAUAUUAAAUGGGAUUGGGACUUACGGCAUCCAAUUUGGAGGGUGAUCAAUGGUGCUGCCGUUGAGUCCAUAGCUGAACCUGAGAAAUACUUGCUUAUCCACUCAGUGGACACAGUUUUGAGUAUCUGCGACUGCGCCUGUGGCAGUAACAAUAGAGAUUGCCACCUACUAAAGGUGAAGAAGUUCUCGCAGACCCUCUAUAGAUCCGUGAAAUCCAAGAUGAAUAACCGUUACAAGCUUAACGAGAUUUUGCAGAAGGGCAAGGUCCAGAACAGAAGACAGACGCCAAUAUUGUCAUCCUUGGCCCACGAGGCAAUCACUAACUCCGCUCGCGCACACGAAGUGCUUGUAAAGCUCAACGCUACAAAGCUGAACUUCUUGAGUUCCCGUGGAAAAGGCGAACGAAACACGAGCUUCAUGGUUACAAAGCCCCCAAGCUCUCUAAAGCCUGAAACAGUUGACAGCGGACACAAGCCGCUCAACGGUAACGCUAAAGAUGCACAACCAUACAAAUGGAGGCUAUUGGGGAAGUAUCUCGAGCAACGCGCAUCCUCUGUGCUCUCUGGCUCGCCUAUCAAACUGCUGAGCAGCCCUGCCAACUACUCCGAAACGAACAUAACCGAUCUACAGGCGUUGGCUAUACCGGUUGAGGUACAAAUUUCAGCCUCUGCUCCAAAGCCUGCCCCUUCAGUAGACCUGCCGCGUCCGUCCAGCGAGCGGUCCGAUACGCCCGUGGCCAACGUCCCUACCUCGGUUGAAGCAACAGCUCAUCAUGUGCCCGUCAGCGUGUCUCCCCUAGCCGAAGCAGUCUCAGUUGGCGCUGUCGUCAACGCAGUGGCAGGCCCUGCAGCGGCCAACGCGGGAUCCGGUGUCCAGAACAGCAAGAAGAAGCUCAGCUUUGCAGAUUAUAAGAAAAAAGUGAAGCCGACAUGA